UAUAUAUAUUCUUUGCAGAAUCCACGGCUUUUAGAGACUGCCGCAAGGAAAUUCGCACUUCGCCCCACACUCAAACGCUUCCGCUCUUCUAUUGGCUUCCGUAUGGUCAGCUCAGACCCGGUUCGGAUCCGACCGUGCCACCUGAAAUCAUAGCCAUAACCUGGUUCUGAAGUGAAAUCUCUCACCAUUUUUGGACUUUGUAAUGCUGGAAUGGCUUCCAAAGAUAUAGUGUUACAGACUUGCCCACCUUUUAUGAAAUCUACAUCAAAUGGCAUAUUUCAGGGAGAUGGUCCUCUUAAUUUUGCACUGCCUCUUGCCAUACUACAAAUAUGUCUGGUACUAGUAGUUACAAGGGGUCUUGCAGUCCUGCUGAGGCCGCUAAGACAGCCACGAGUUAUUGCCGAGAUUGUUGGAGGAAUAAUUCUUGGGCCAUCAGCCCUGGGACGAAACAAAAGCUACAUGCACGCAAUAUUUCCACCCAAGAGUCUCACGGUGUUAGAUACUCUAGCAAACCUUGGUCUUAUAUUCUUUCUAUUUCUGGCAGGCCUCGAGCUAGAUCCUAAAUCUCUUCGUAGGACUGGAAAUAAAGCACUUGGCAUUGCUGUUGCAGGAAUCAGCCUUCCUUUUGCACUAGGAAUUGGUUCCUCAUUUGUUCUUCAAGAAACAAUAUCUAAAGGUGUAAAUGGAACUUCAUUUCUUGUCUUCAUGGGUGUGGCACUCUCCAUAACUGCCUUCCCUGUCUUAGCUCGUAUUCUGGCUGAGCUGAAACUUUUAACCACUGAUGUUGGCAGAAUGGCUAUGUCAGCAGCAGCAGUUAAUGAUGUGGCCGCCUGGAUUCUACUUGCUCUUGCCAUUUCCCUCUCAGGCACUGACAAAUCUCCCCUUGUCUCAGUUUGGGUCUUCUUAUGCGGCUGUGGUUUUGUUGUUUGUGCUGUUCUCAUUGCCCCUCCAAUCUUCAAAUGGAUGGCCCAAAGAUGCCAUGAAGGGGAGCCAGUAGAAGAGAUAUAUAUUUGUGCUACAUUAGCUGCUGUUCUGGCUGCUGGAUUUAUUACUGAUGCUAUUGGGAUUCAUGCCAUGUUUGGUGCUUUUGUGAUUGGAGUUCUUGUUCCUAAGGAUGGGCCAUUUGCAGGAGCUCUUGUUGAAAAACUUGAGGAUCUUGUAUCUGGUCUCUUCCUGCCAUUGUACUUUGUUUCAAGCGGAUUGAAGACUAAUAUAGCCACAAUUCAGGGGCUCCAAUCAUGGGGUCUUCUAGCUUUAGUUAUAUUUACUGCAUGUUUUGGGAAGAUAUUUGGCACUGUCAUGGUGUCCCUUCUUUGCAAAGUGCCUCUCCGUGAGGCUCUCGCAUUGGGGUUCCUGAUGAACAGCAAAGGCUUAGUUGAACUUAUUGUUCUGAAUAUUGGUAAAGAUAGAAAGGUAUUGAAUGACCAGACUUUUGCCAUUAUGGUUCUAAUGGCCUUGUUUACCACCUUCAUCACCACCCCUCUUGUCAUUGCAGUGUACGGGCCAGCAAAAAGGGCAAGAAAAGCUGAUUACAAGUAUAGAACAAUUGAAAGGAAGCAUCCAAAUACGGAACUAAGGAUGUUGGCCUGUUACCACAGUGCAAGAAACAUUCCAUCAAUGCUAAACCUUCUUGAGGCCUCAAGAGGUUCUGACAAGCGCAAAGGGCUUUGUGUGUAUGCAAUGCACCUCAUGGAGCUCUCUGAGAGGUCCUCGGCUAUAUUAAUGGUACACAAGGCAAGAAAAAAUGGGUUGCCCUUCUGGAAUAAUGCCCUGAAAUCGAGUUCAGACCAUGUUGUUGUGGCAUUUGAGGCUUACAGGCAACUGAGUCACGUGUCCAUCAGGCCAAUGAGGGCGAUCUCAUCAAUGGGUGACAUGCACGAGGACAUAUGUACAACUGCCGAGAGGAAGGGAGCUGCAAUUAUAAUUCUUCCAUUCCAUAAGCACCACCGUGUAGAUGGUUCGCUAGAAACUACUCGAAAUGACUUCCGCUGGGUUAACCGUAAGGUUCUUGAGCAUGCACAAUGCUCGGUAGGUAUUUUAGUUGAUCGUGGGCUUGGUGGAGCCACCCAUGUAGCGGCAAGUUAUGUUUCUUGUUUCAUCACGGUCCUCUAUUUUGGGGGCUGUGAUGACCGUGAAGCCCUUGCUUAUGGGGCUAGAAUGGCUGAGCACCCUGGUAUAAAACUAAUGGUUAUUCGUUUCAUAGUGGAACCUGAAAGCCUAGGCCGGGAGAUUGUCAUGGUAAAUAUUGACGACGAUUCUAGCAAUAAAUUGGGGUCAGCAGAUGAGGAGUUCCUAACUGGAUUCAAGCAGAAAAUUGUCGAGGAUAACACCAUCAUAUAUGAAGAGAAAGUAGUCAGAAAUGCUGCAGAUACAAUUGCUGUGCUUCGCGAGCUAAACCGCUGCAAUCUCUUUUUGGUAGGUCGAAAGCCUGAAGGUGAUGUAGCCUUAGAUUUAAGCAGGAGGAGGAGCGAGUGCCCAGAACUGGGGCCUGUAGGAAGUUUGUUGACUUCGCCUGACUUCUCAACAACAGCAUCGGUUCUGGUUGUCCAACAAUACAACAGUGGGGAAUCUCCAAAUUUUGCCCUGCAGAUGGAGGAAGAUUCACCUGACAAAGACUCGGAAUCUAGUUAGUUGAGUUUCAUAAUGUAGUUGAUUAGUUUGUUAUUUUC